GUGACGUUGGCGGUUGCCAUGGAGCUCCCCGCUCCGUAGGGCCGCGAGCCGGCACCGGGGGGCCCGCGGGGUCGCAUCGCGGCUUUGAGGUCCAGUCCGCCGCCGCCAUGAGCGGCCGGAGUAAGGGGAGAAGGUCCUCCCGCGCCAAAGGCCGUGGCAAAAGCCGCGCCAAAGGCCGAGUCCGCGCCGCGCCUGACGACGCCCCGCGGGACCCGGACCCUCCAGAGUGCCAGAGGCUCGGGGAGGAGACCAUGGCGGCACAGGUGCAGGCUGGCGCGGGUUGGGGUGGCCCGGAAGGCGCUGAGCCCGCGCCGCCCCGCCGGCCCGGGGAAGAGGCUGCCUGCCGGCUGCCCCUAGACUGUGGCCUCGCGCUCCGGGCCCGGGCGGCGGGGACUCUCGGGCAGGCGGUGACCAGGCCGUGCCCGGCCAAGGCCACAUCCGUCCCGGAGCGCCUGGUGACCGACACUGUCUUCGUGGGAACCGUGGGCACCGUGGCGAGGCCGAGAAACGGGCCCCGCGUCGGAAGCCGCCGCGGCCCUGCGGCGAAGAAGACCCCAGAUACCUGCAGUGCGGUGGGGAGGGGGUCUGCGGCCUUGGCCGGGGGGAAGCCGAAGAAAGGGGCCGCGGCGGAGGCCGCCUCCGUCCCCGUGGGCGAGGAGAAGAUUGAGAACGCGGGGUCAGGGCCCCCGGCGACAGAGGGCAGCAUGGAUACGCUGGAGAACGUCCAGCUGAAGCUGGAGACCAUGAACGCCCAGGCGGACCGGGCCUACCUGCGGCUCUCCCGCAAGUUUGGGCAGUUGCGGCUGCACCACCUGGAGCGCAGGAACCUCCUUAUCCAGAAUAUUCCAGGCUUUUGGGGACAGGCCUUUCAGAACCACCCCCAGCUCUCGUCCUUCCUGAACAACCAGGAUAAAGAGGUCCUCAGCUACUUGAAUAGCUUGGAGGUGGAAGAGCUCGGCCUGGCGAGACUGGGCUACAAAAUCAAGUUCUACUUCGGGCGCAACCCCUAUUUCCAAAAUAAGGUGCUCAUCAAGGAAUACGGGUGCGGCCCUUCGGGUCAGGUGGUGUCUCGUUCCACUCCAAUCCAGUGGCUCCCCGGGCACGACCUCCAGACCCUUAGCCAGGGGAACCCCGACAAUAGCCGGAGCUUCUUUGGGUGGUUUUCAAACCACAGCUCCAUCGAGUCUGACAAGAUUGUGGAGAUAAUCAACGAGGAGUUGUGGCCCAAUCCCUUACAGUACUACCUGAUGAGUGAAGGGGCCCGUGCAGAAAAAGGAAAGGAGGGCAGGCCGGGUCCUGCGAGGCCGCCAGGGGAGACCCCAGAGCCUGGGGUAAACAAGUCCAACUGAUCCUGCUCAAGUCUGCGUCCUACCUCUUGCUGGCCUCGUGCCUGGCUGGCCUUGGGUCUUCGGCUGUCUGCCUUCUCUUCGUGUUGGCCUCUGCACACUGUUCCCGUUGGACUUCAGUUACAAGAAUAUGGCAUUUAUGAUCAUGUUCUUUUGCCUCCCCGUGACAUUCUUGCUUUUUCUUUACAUUAGUAUCAUAUGUUAUGUGAUCUCGCCCCUCCUGUUUAUUUGUUAAACUCACUUGAUUCCAGUGUGUGCUGCCUUUCUCUACAUUGCUUGGACCCUGUUCUUGGCUCUGGCCUUUCCCACCUGUCUUUCAUGUGGACACUCAUGAGUCAAUCAGCAAGAGGACCAGCGCAUCCUCAAGCUCUGCUACUUCAGGGCCGGUGACUUGCCCGGCUUCGAGUUCAUGCCAGCCAUGCAUGCCAUCUCUGGCAAGCUUUUCGGUUGCCACUGCAGAAUGAAGCUAGUGCACACGGCAUUGGCCAUCAGCCUAAACUGAUUGUCUCUUGGCUCUGGGGUUACCAGCCAAGGUGCCACCUGCAGAAUCUCUGGCUUUGGCCAGGGACCUAUGCUGCCCUCCUAGACACGGGUUGAGGUUCAGGGUGAGAAGCAGUUUGCUGUGGGUUCUGUACUGUUCGGCAUCUCUUCCUGCCUCUGGGCCUUUCUCCUUGUAAACCUUUGUCAAGGUCUGCAUCAUACCUCAUCACUGUCAGGCCACUGAGUUUUGUCUAGGUUGCCAGUCGGCCCCAAUUGGCUUCCUGGGCAACAAGGACCUUGAGAACUGCCUGUGGACACAGGCCCUCUGCCGGUGCAUGAGACACACACGUACCCUCUCCAGCCUUCCAGGAUCCCUGCUGGCUGCCAGACUGAUGGGCAGGCUGGUACGUGUGGACAUGUGCUCACUGUCGUCAAGCUGUGGCUCCAGGUGAGGGUGACUACUGGACUCACUUAAAAUCUAGGCACCUUUAUCCACUCCCCCCAUCCCUGCCUCACACCUGAUGGACUCACGUAUAACCUAGGUACCUUUAUUCACUGCCCCCAUCCCUGCCUCACAUGUGACCAGAGUGCUAUAGUGGGGUUGCUGGGGAAGAGAGAUUUCAGAUCUGUGGGCCUGUGUCUACUUGACCUCACACAUCUACACCUCCUUCCUCAAUCCUCUGUCUCCUUAGCCUCUCUUCCUUCUUUCCCUCUGUCCCUGUGCUUAUCCCUCACUCAUCCCUCUCUUUCUUUCUUCUUUUUUUUGGUUUCAAUAGUGGUACUUCUGAAAGAGAAAACAGUUGUGAAACCAGGGUUUUCUGCAUACAGCUAGUGAGUUGGCUGGGGCCUUGUUCUGCACACGCACACACUGGGCUGGAAGAGGGGAGAGGAAGCCAGAAGGCCAGGUGUGGCCUUGUGUUUUGUGGAAGAUUAUGUGCUGCUUAUUUUGUCUUUGAGUAAAUCUUACCAUUUCCCCCAUUUUUUGCCUAAUGGGAAAAUAGAAUUGUACAGGUUGGCUUUUUCUUUUUUUUAAGAAAAGCUUUUUCCUCUUUAUUAUGGACAUUUUCAGACACACACAGAAGUGGAGAGAUCCCAUGUGCUGUCACCUAGCUACAUCAUUUAUCAGUUAUGGUCAACCCAGUUUCAUCUGCAUCUCCAUCUCCCCGCUUGUAUUGUUUAUCGAAAGUCCAAGACACUGUGCCAGUUCAACUGGGACCACUUUGGGAGACUGAGACACUCUGCUGGUGGUGAUCGUGGUGGGGUGCACUCUAACUAUCGUAUCAGGUCUGCUUUUUGCUUUUCAUGUUAACUAAUGACGUUCCAGAGAUGGGCCUUCGAAAUGAAAGUCUUCAGAAUUGACAAGAAGUAUCAAAAAGUAAUGAAGCUGCCUUUUCCCUGUGUCCACAAGAGGAAAGAGAGAUUGCUCUGUUGUAAACUCUUUCAAAGACUUAUCUAUCGGUCUUUGAUAAGGUGCUUACUUGAGACCUUUCAUCAGAAUAACAGUCUUUUUUUCCUCUGUAAGAUGGAGACUAUUAAAAUUAUCAGCGUGUCCUGGUCUCAUGAUAUAACUCUGAACUUGAAAGUAAAGUAUAAUUUGGAAAUUGUUGCUGUGUUCUGUGAAAAUAACCUCCCCAAAGUAAUCAGUAAUCGGUUGUCUUACUUGGUAAUUUGGCACUCUGGUAAUAAUGCAAUUAUGUCUCUGUUCUGAAACAGUAUAAAUAGUUGUAAGCUUGCAUGUGUGAUGGAAACAAUAAAAGCUUGUAUCUCUUA